CUCAGCUACCGCGAGGGCGUCGUUGCGGGCCCUGGGUCCCGGGAGAGGUUCCCGGAGCCCACCUUUCCGCCAGCGGCGUCGUGACGGCUUCCCAGGUCUGCCCUCUUUGCGGGGGUCCCCGCAUCCGCGCUGGGGCCCCAGACAGUACAAUGGUGGGGGAAGAGAAGAUGUCUCUAAGAAACCGCCUAUCAAAGUCUUGUGAAAAUCCUGAGGAAGAUGAAGACCAGAGAAACCCUACAGAGGAGUCCUUACAGAGACCUAGUAAUGGUCGAAUUGACAUUAAACAAUUGAUAGCAAAGAAGAUACAGUUGACAGCAGAGGCAGAGGAAUUGAAACCAUUUUUUAUGAAGGAAAUUGGGAAUCAUUUUGAUGAUUUUGUGACUAAUCUCAUUGAAAAAUCGGCAUCAUUAGAUAAUGGUGGAUGUGCUCUCACAACUUUUUCUGUUCUUGAAGGAGAGAAAAACAACCACAGAACAAAAGAUCUGAGAGCAUCUCCAGACCAAGGAAAGAUUUUUAUUACAAGGCGAUCUCUCUUAGAUGAGCUGCUUGAAGUGGACCACAUAAGAACAAUAUAUCACAUGUUCAUUGCCCUCCUCAUUCUCUUUAUCCUCAGCACACUUGUAGUAGAUUACAUUGAUGAAGGAAGGCUGGUGCUUGAGUUUAGCCUUCUGUCUUAUGCUUUUGGCAAAUUUCCUACCGUUAUUUGGACAUGGUGGAUCAUGUUCCUGUCUACACUUGCAGUUCCCUAUUUUCUUUUUGAUCGUUGGGCCAGUGGCUAUAGUAAGAGUUCUCAUCCACUGAUCCAUUCCCUCUUCCAUGGUUUGCUUUUCAUGAUCUUCCAGAUUGGAGUUCUAGGAUUUGUACCAGUGUAUGUUGUAUUAGCAUAUACGCUGCCACCAGCUUCCCGAUUCAUUGUUAUACUUGAACAGAUUCGUUUAAUAAUGAAGGCCUAUUCAUUUGUCAGAGAGAACGUGCCUCGGGUUCUAAAUUCAGCUAAGGAGAAAUCAAGCGCUGUUCCAAUACCUACAGUCAAUCAGUACUUGUAUUUCUUGUUUGCUCCUACCCUUAUCUACCGUGACAGCUAUCCCAGGACUCCCACUGUAAGGUGGGGUUAUGUUACUAUGCAGUUUGCACAGGUUUUUGGGUGCUUUUGUUAUGUGUACUACAUCUUUGAAAGGCUUUGUGCUCCUUUGUUUCGGAAUAUCAAACAGGAGCCCUUCAGCGCUCGUGUUCUGGUCCUCUGUGUAUUUAACUCCAUCUUGCCAGGGGUGCUGAUUCUGCUCCUUAGUUUUUUUGCUUUUUUGCACUGCUGGCUCAAUGCCUUUGCUGAGAUGUUGCGCUUUGGUGACAGGAUGUUUUAUAAGGAUUGGUGGAAUUCCACAUCAUACUCUAACUAUUACAGGACUUGGAAUGUAGUUGUCCAUGACUGGCUGUAUUAUUAUGCUUACAAGGACUUUCUCUGGUUGUUCUCUAAGAGGUUCAAAUCUGCUGCCAUGUUAGCUGUUUUUGCUGUGUCUGCUGUAGUGCACGAAUAUGCCCUGGCUGUUUGCUUGAGCUUUUUUUAUCCUGUGCUCUUCGUGCUCUUCAUGUUCUUUGGAAUGGCUUUCAACUUCAUUGUCAAUGAUCGGAGGAAAAGGCCAAUUUGGAAUGUUAUGAUGUGGACUUCUCUUUUCUUGGGUAACGGCGUUAUGCUGUGCUUUUAUUCUCAAGAGUGGUAUGCCCGUCAGCACUGUCCUCUGAAAAAUCCCACAUUUCUAGAUUAUAUCCAGCCACGUUCCUGGACUUGUCAAUACAUGUUUUAGAAGUUUGGACUCUUGUUUCUUCCGUGUCGCUGAAGAUGGGGUGAUUCUCCUUGAUUUGGAGCCUGCGGUUUCUAGCUAUUACUGAAGUUACCUGUGUCAUUUGGGCCACUGCAAGCUUUAUGGAUGACUCACUCCAUUUCUAGGUCACUUGAAGCAAAACUGUUGGAAGUUCACUGGAAUCUUGUACACUUAAGCAGGACUUUUUGUUGUUGUUGGGAUGGGGACAAGAGAAGGGAGACUUAAUAGUUGAGGUAUUGCUGUUCUUGUUGGUCAUAUCAGUUUUAGCCUUGGUAAUUAUAGCUAUUUUGUUUUCUUGGCUCCGUCCAAUAAGAAACUAAACAUCAUACUUUCUUGGCCACUGAAUUAGCCAAAAGAUAUAUGAAGAAAUUGUUUAAGUACCUCUGGGUUAGAAUUUUUUUCCAUGCACAUUUGUUGGAAUGGAGACUAAUUAAACAUCCAGUUGGGUAGAAAAAAAAUGUGGAAUGAUUUUUGCUAUUUCUAGUAGACAGAAUGUUUUCCAAAGAUGAUCUUGUUAUAUAUCCUAUUUUAUACACAUAUAUAUGUAUACAUAUAUAUAUACAUAUUUUAAAGUUCAGUUCUACUGAAGUUUUUACCUUGUUUUCUUUAAAGGUCAUGAUUUCUGUGAAGCAAAAAGAUGCCUUUUGCCUUGAAUUCUUAAGUUUACAUCAAUAAUAUUAUAUUGAAGGGAUCAGAAAUAGGGAAAAAGAAAGAAGUAGCACAGGAAAAAGAAAGACAUUUCCUCUUACAACUUCCUAAGUAAUCUUUAAAAAAAUUUGUAAGUCAAUCAUGUGUUUAAAUUAUUUUGUUUGUCUUGGAACUUAACAUGGAAGAUAUGUUUUUUAACCUUAGGGUAUUAAGAUCUUUGAAGUUAUUUAGAAGUAUCCUUUAGAACAGUUAUUUUAUUGUCUAAAAGAUAUUGACUUAUCUUGAA